UAGUACAACAGUCACACAUAGUAUCAGUACUUUUACUGCAGUGAAGAUCUGAAUACUUCCUCCUCCUCCUCCUCCUCCUCCUCCUCUGACAGGUGACAGCAGGAAGCUCCUCCCUCCUGAUCCUCCUCUCUGAGCUCCUAGAAACCUGUCCUCAUUUAACACUCGCAGCACAUCCAGAGAGAGUGUGUGAGAGCACACACACACACACACACACACACACACACACAUACACACACACACUCAGGUGACACCAGGAGCCAUGUUGGCCCUCAUGGCUGCCGGCUCCGUCUUCUUCCCCGGACUCUUCCUGCUGUCCAAACAGACCCUGAGACACAUGAUGGGAUGGAGCGAGGGGGACGCCGCCAUCGUAUCUACACGUCUGGUGUCGUCCAUUCAGGCCAUCAUAGCCUCGUCGGUCGGAUGCAUCAUCGCCUCGUCCUGCAGGGACGUCGUAGAGGACAGACACUGGCUGACCGACGCCUACAUCCUGUUCGCCACGCCUUACUUUGCCUACGACAUCUACGCCAUGUUCCUGUGUUACCGGCACAAGCAGCAGGUCAAAGGUCACGAGGAGGAGGGGGGCGGCGGCGCCAGGUCGACGCGGGCGGCUGUGGCGGGCUACCUGCGGCGGGAGCUGCUCAUGGUGCUGCAUCACGUCUUCAUGGUGGCCUUCUGCUGCCCCGCAUCGCUGCUGUGGAGGCAGGGUAAAGGUGAUUUCUUCCAGGGCCUUCUGUUUCUGCCUGAGCUCAGCACACCGUUCGUCUCUCUGGGGAAAGUCCUGAUCCAGUACAACCAGCAGCACACUCUGCUGCACAAAGUCAACGGAGGCCUCGUGCUGCUCUCCUUCUUCAGCUGCCGGGUCUUACUCUUCCCCUACCUGUACUACGCCUACAGCAGGUAUGCGUCCAUCCCGGUGUACGCGGUGCCCCUGGUGGCCCCGUGGCAGUGCAACCUGGGGGCCGCCCUGCUGUGGCCCCUGCAGCUCUACUGGUUCACACUGAUCUGCAGAGGAGCUCUCCGCCAGUUCGCAGCAGGACGUUCAAACUCGCCGCCGCCUUCCAAACCCGACCGGGACGGCUGCCUGACCACGAGCAACGGCCGCACGCAGACUUCCACAUGAGCUGAAGCAGAGAGGACGGAGGCUGCGUUCACAGACCCAACCAGUGGGAGGAGGUUUCUCCUCGCUGUGUGUGAGAGGAGGCGCCGGUUUCCAGCCAGAGGAAGUCUGACUGAUGAUCAGCUGAGGAACGGACAGAAAUCAGCUUCUUAUUUAUUAGCUUUCAUUUCGACAUGAAGACACAGAGAGCAGGUCUCUCUCAUCUGAACUCGGCUCGUUGGACUCAAAUUACACAAAUAAUCAGCCUGGACGAGUUCAGUGAGAACGUUUACGUGCUGCUGUUGUAUUUAACUGAUUACAAUUAAACCUUUUUAAAUACAA